AUGGACUCUGUGUGUAGAAGAAGGUGGUACCUUCAAUUGGGCUGUAUAUUGAUAGUGAAUUUGGUUUAUGCCAAUCCAGAAUAUCAGAAAGAACCUCCUGGAAGCCUGGGUGAGAUUGACCAUCACUGCUGGGAGAUCUCCUCUCACAGGCUGGUGGAAAUGAAGAAACUCAGGGUAGCAGAUGCUAUCAUUGCUCUCUGGGAUUUCAUGAUGUUCCUAAAAGAAUCACCUAAGGCCAAGCAUAACGAACUCUUCAAUGACUUAGCCCAGAACUUCUGGGAUAUGUAUGUCGACUGUGUGCUUUCAAGGUCCCAUGGAAUGGGCAGAAGACAGUUACUAUCUCCCAAUUAUUUUUCCACAUACCCAUAGAGAACCUC